AUGUCGAAAUCCAACGCUACCAGCACCACCUCAUCACCGAAACCCAAGUGGGUUCUCCCUUAUCGAACCCAAAACCUGAGUGAACUCUACACGUUGGGCAGAAAACUGGGUCAGGGUCAAUUUGGCACCACCUACUUGUGCACACACAACACCACAGGUCGCAACUUUGCGUGCAAGUCAAUCCCAAAGCGCAAGCUGUUUUGCAAAGAGGACUAUGAUGAUGUGUGGAGAGAGGUUCAGAUAAUGCACCACUUGUCAGAGCACCCUAAUGUUGUGAGGAUCCAUGGCACCUAUGAGGACUCAUCUUUUGUUCACUUGGUCAUGGAACUCUGUGAAGGUGGCGAGUUAUUCGAUAGGAUCGUGCAGAAAGGGCACUAUAGUGAGAGACAAGCUGCAAAGUUGAUUAAGACCAUUGUUGAGGUUGUUGAGGCUUGUCAUUCUCUUGGGGUCAUGCAUAGAGACCUUAAACCUGAGAACUUUUUGUUUGACACUGUUGAAGAGGAUGCUAAACUCAAAACCAUUGAUUUUGGGUUGUCUGUUUUUUACAAGCCAGGCGAAAUCUUUUGUGACGUUGUUGGAAGCCCAUACUAUGUUGCACCAGAGGUCUUGCACAAGCAUUAUGGACCUGAAUUAGACGUGUGGAGUGCUGGGGUUAUUUUGUACAUCUUAUUAAGUGGGGUGCCACCAUUUUGGGCUGAAACUGAGCAAGGGAUCUUCCGACAGAUUUUUCUUGGAAGACUUGAUUUCCAGUUUGAACCAUGGCCUAGCAUUUCAGACAGUGCAAAGGAUCUAAUUCAAAAAAUGCUUGAUCGAAAUCCAAAUACAAGGCUUACAGCUCACAAAGUACUCUGCCACCCAUGGAUUGUUGAUGACAACAUUGCACCAGAUAAACCUCUUGAUUCUGCUGUUUUAUCACGCCUGAAGCAGUUCUCUGCAAUGAAUAAACUUAAAAAGAUGGCUUUACAUGUUAUUGCAGAGAGGCUAUCUGAGGAAGAAAUUGGUGGUCUGAAAGAGUUAUUCAAGAUGAUUGAUGCUGACAAUAGUGGAACUAUAACAUUUGAUGAGCUAAAAGAAGGCUUAAAGCGAGUAGGAUCUGAACUUAUGGAGUCUGAAAUCAAGGAUCUUAUGGAUGCAGCAGAUAUUGAUAAUAAUGGGACAAUUGACUAUGGUGAAUUCAUUGCUGCUACGGUCCACUUAAAUAAGCUGGAGAGAGAGGAAAAUCUGUUGUCAGCGUUCUCCUACUUUGACAAAGAUGGAAGUGGUUACAUAACUAUUGAUGAGAUACAACAAGCUUGUAAGGAGUUUGGUUUGGAUGAUGUCCAUAUUGAUGAAAUGGUCAAGGAAAUUGAUCAAGACAACGAUGGACAAAUAGAUUAUGGGGAAUUUGCUGCUAUGAUGAGAAAGGGCAAUGGAGGGAUCGGAAGGCGAACCAUGAGAAGCACACUCAAUUUCAUAGAUGCUCUGGGAAUAAUAGGCAAUGGAUCCACUUAAGUUAUUGUAACUAAAGUAAUUAUU